AUGACACCCAAGGACCAGAUACGCACAUGGACCCGUGAGGUCGGCAACGCCAUCUACAUAUACUCGACCGACCCAAGCCUAGUUGACCUCGCCGCCCUCAACGCAGCUCUGGCUUCCGACACUGUCUGGUGGGGGCGAGGCAUGCCAGAGGAAUCGUUGAAGCGGAUGGUAGAGCAUUCGUACAACUUUGGAUUAUAUGUCACAGAGAAGAAGGAGGGGGACAACGAGAAGGAACAAGCAGACAAAAACACAAAGCAACAACAGCAGCAAAUGGUCGGUUUCGCCCGUCUAAUCACCGACUACGUAACCUUCGGGUACAUAACCGACGUCUACGUCUUGCCAGAGUACCAAGGCAAAGGGCUGGGCGCCUGGAUGAUGGAGUGUCUCAACGAAGUGCUGGAGCAGUGGCCCGAGCUGCGGAGGGCCGUAUUGUUCACGGGCGAUGCUUACGCCGCGAAGCUGUACGAGAGGACUUUGGGGAUGAGGGAUACGAGGGAGAAUGGCGGGAAACUGAUGGUUAUGCAGAGGACGGGGCCGGCCGCUGCGACGCAGGUUGGGGGCAAGAAGGAUUAG